GUCCACCAUCACUCUUGAGUCGUGCUUUCUUCCCACGGCCACUUAAUUCCCUCUUUUUUUUUUGUUUGUUUCGGUUUGCUGGUCAAGCUUUUUGUUUGUUUUUUUUGUGCCGGCCACAAAGUAUAUACACAUACAUUGCAUCUGGAGCAGGAUCUCCCCUUACAACAGCAGCCGCAACCAUGUCCGCUCUGGCAGUCGACGCCCAGUUCCCCUACUUUGACCAGGCGGCUCUCAUGAACGCCUACUUCCCCUUUGACCAGUCCCUCCUUCAGCAGCAACACCAGCUUCACCAACAACCCCCCUCGCCACCCGUCGAACACACUCGCCUCGCCACACCUCCCAGGACAUCCACGCCCAUCCGCCAGCAUGGCGCCCUCUUGCUGCCUCGCAUCCGGCCCCAGGACCAGAACCUCGGCGAGGCCGUCGCUGUUGCUCCCAUGCCUACAAAGAAGCGCCGCUCCCCUGCUGGCAUCACCAAGAAGAGACCCGCUGCCCAUGUCCGCUCCAAGACGAACCCGGAUGCUCUGCAGCAGAUGGCCAUGAACAUGGCCUCGUCGUCGGUCUACAUGACGCCUCCUCCGGCCGAUGUCGACCACCAGCUGCUCAAUGCCAACAUCAACUUCCAGCACCUCUACCAGCCUCUUCCCUUUGACUUUUCCCGCCGCGCCUCGUCGGUGUCUUCGCUUCCCGCUGAGUCUAUGCUCCCCGUCGAGCCUGUCGACUACCGCCAAAUGUCCCUUGAUGUGUCCCAAGACAUGUACUCGUACAGCCUCCGUGACGACUCGCCCUUCAGCGUCGAGUCUACUCCCGACCCUACCCCCUCUACUACCCUCCUCUCGUACCUGAGCGCCGCGAACCCUGCUGCUUCUCUUGUCCGAAGCAUCUCGUUCCCCAUGCGUGAUCCUACCAUCAAGCACUUCUGGUGGGACAUUCGUGCUGUCCGCCCCUGGGCCGAGUUCUCCCUCGCCAACAUCAUGGCUCUUCCUGGCGCUUCUGAUCUCUUGUCUACGCCCGUCCCUGCCCCUCUCCUCCCUACUACUCCCGUCAUCUCUCGCCAUCCUGAAACCGAGGCCGCUCUCCAUGGCAUUUACGCUUCUUCCUACCUCCCCAAGCUCAAUGCUGCUUUGGCUCUCUCCUCCUCCCGCCCUAUUCAGCUCCAUGUCCCUGCUCGUCUGCCCGCCUCUGUCAACGAUCACGUCUUUGUUGCCAGCGCUGCUCAUGACCCUGCUACUGCUGCUGCCAUGUUUGGCGGUAAGCCUUCUGCUCGUGUUGUCGGCAUUGUUCGCUCUUUUGACCGCUUCAACACUGGCAUGCGUGCCGAGGGCAACAUUAAGCGUGUCGAGUACCUCCGUGGCCUGGCUGCUAUUCACCACGCCAUGCGCGAGCACAACUGCCGCUACGGCUUCAUCCUGACUGAGGUCGAGCUCGUUGUUGUCCGCAACGGCACCGAGAACACUCCCUUCUUUGGUGAGCUUGACAUUGCCUCUGUCCAGCUCGGUGUCGCUUCUGUUGACCCCACUGUCGACAAUGCCACCCUCACUGCUUGCCUUGCUCUCUGGGGUCUCUGCCAGAUUGCCAGCGACUCUGCUGUCAAUGUUGGUCAUGCUCCCUACAUGGCCGAGAUUGGCGCCCCUGCUGAGGGAACUCGCCGCAAGGCCAGAGCCCGCGAGUCUUGGAUCCCACAGCCACAGCUUGCUGAGAAGAGAGAGGCCAAGAGAAGCCGCGGCUGGAUCUGGCCCGAGGAUCCUAUUGGCAAGAAGGAGGUUGGCAAGCGAGGUGUAAAGUACAGCAACCCUUGAAACAGAACAAGUUGUUGAGGAGACUCUGGUAGUCUCAGGUGUUUUUUAUUCUCUAAUCUCAUGUAUCGAUGGUGGAUGAUUUCAUGGUCAUGAUGAAACGAUUCUCUAUUUUGUUUUGUUUUAUACUGUUAUAGACGGUGCUUUAUUGCAAGAAAGAAAGAAAAUAUUAAAUAAUACCCAACACUUUAUCUUACAAUGUCUUUUGUCUGCCCCUUACUGGGAGGUUAGCUAAGGUUAGGUAGUAGUGUAUACUGAGGAAUUAUGGAUAUAGGCUUCUUUAGACAAUCUACACGCUGUCCAUAGCAAGAUGACACAAAUGUUUGCUAGAGA